AUGGCAAAAAACGAAGAAUCAUCAAAGAAACGUCCACCAAAUUUUAGGCUUGAAAUUCCAGGUGAUGGGGAAUUUAGAAAUUCCAUCCAAGAAGGUCUACAUGAAGACUUGGAUGGCAUCAAUAUUUUAACAGAUGCUAGACAUGGAUGGCGUAAAAGCGCUAAAGACACAUCUGUAGUGGCCAUUGGACACAGAAGAAACAAUAAAUCAGAUGAUUUAUGGCAUUCGAUAAAGGCAUUAAAGAAAUCACUAAAAAAUAUAUCCAGUGGUAGUAAGAAGUCUGAGGGUUUUACAUGGAGUGAGCAGCUAGUGGACAGAACUGAACCUAUUGCCACUCAUAUUCAUUGGGCUGUUCGGCAUUGUGAUGGAAACCCCCAAAAGCUACGAGAGUGCAUAGAGAAUGUAAUUCCUCACUACGAAAAUUCACAUGAAAAGUGUCACCCAGAGUCACGACGCAGAAAAGAUGAAAAUUAUGAGCCUUCACGAGUUGUAUUAACCAUUUUAUUGUUGUCGGUGUCUUCAGCUGUCAGUGUCAAUCCUUGGGGUUGUACAACUGACUCUCUUUCUGAUUUAGAAAGACGAUUCAAUAAUUUGGAACAAAGGCUGGAAGUGCAAGAAAAGCUUAAUACUGAGCAAGAAAAAGUCAUUGAAAUAUCGAAAGUUAAAAAUAAAAAAUUAGAAGAAGCUGUGCAGACUUUCACUGCUACGAUGGAAAAUAAGGAAAAAAACGAUAACAGACCAAAAUUUGCGCUUGGAAGUAAAACAACUAUGCAAAACAAAACAGCAACAGACUUUGGAUUGAAUUCAUCGAACUCGGAACGAAGUCCAUCGAUAUCUGAUGCGCCUUCUAGUAAAAUUAAUUGUUGUGAAGAAGAGUUGUUGAACUUAAAGUACAAAAUUCGUAAAGGGAGAUCCAUUACAGGUGGAGUUGCAUUCCACUCGUACUUGUCACAUAAUGAAGUUAAUCCAGGGAGUCACCAAACAAUCAUUUUUGACAACGUUAUUACAAAUAUUGGUGGGAACUAUAAUCAACACUCAGGAGACUUCAUUUGCCCAGAGGAUGGGGUGUACACGUUUUUUUGGACAUUGUUUUGCUCUCGUGGUGGAUAUGUCUAUUCCCAAAUCGUUGUGAAUUCGAAUUCGGUCGGAGCCUUGUUUUGUAGUGGCCAAGGAGCAGACGAAAUAAGGGCAACAACAGGUGUUGUCGUUGUAGAGAUAAACUUGGGCGAUGUCGUGUAUAUUAGGACACAUCCUACUAACGGCAUAGCCGGAAUUAUUUACAGCCAUCCUACUUACCGAUCAUCAUUUAGUGGAUGGAAACUGUUUUAAAUUAAUUGAAAUCAAAAAGAAAUGUAAUCAUGCAUUAGGUACUGUUAUUCUUU